CAAGCAACGCUCACGCGUGACCAAGACAUCUGACGCCCAUGACGUAGCUCGGACGACCGCACUGUCUCUAUGACGUCAUUCAACUGUGCUUCGUCGCGCGAGCUCGACGUAGAAAAUGGGAAAUAUGACUUCUCAAUGUGCCCUAUAAUUGAAAAGUUGAUGUGCUAUUCCGCUUAAGAAGCAGAAACUUGAAAAGGUAACAGUUUCUAAUAGUUCGUGAUUACUUGUUGAUGUCCUGCUUGCCUGAGGUACAAGUUGAAGCGACGACCGGUGCGCAGCAUUCUUAGGGACAUUCAAUACAUUGAGUGUGACAAGCUGAGGGCAACUUUAUUUACAGGAGCAGCAUGAGUAGUAACUGGAACAGCCAGACUUCUAUGACUGUUGGGGGAUACCAAGUAUUCCAAAGCCAGCCUGUCAGCAUGGAUGAUAAAGAUCAGCCAGGCCUGAUACCAGCAGUAGAGGUGAAGACAGAACCUGUUGACAAUGGCUAUGAGCAGAUAGGGGAACCAAGAAUUUGCAACGUUACCUCACUUCAAAAUGCACAUUCACAGACAGUAGAGGACCUCUGGACUGGCACUUUUCGGGCAGAAAUAAGAGAAAUUCUUGGAAAUAAGUCUACAGAUCAAAAUGCCACUGUUCAAAAUGUACAGGAUGUUGUGGAAAAGCUGCUAAAAAAGAAUGAAGACCUGUUGUCACAGAAUGAUGCCAUUGGGUUUAAACCAAAUCGGAGAGGUAGGCUUCCAGCUGAAAUGGCGCGAAAGACAGAAGCAUUUCCUGGCAUUGGUCAGACAGCAGCAUUUUCCACAGGACUUGGACAAAGAGGAAGAGUGAUGCCUUCAGGAAGCAUCCGAGAACGUGAUGAUGGUAUUCCUAUGGGCAGAAUUCUGAGACCAAGGACUCCAACAUUGCGGUGUCACAUGGUUGAGAAAGAUAAGUCACAUUUUACAUCGGCAGUGAUGGAGACGAAAAUUGGCAGCAAAGAAUCAGAGGAGAUAUUUCAUGUGCAAGAGCAUGAAAUGGUUUGUGGGGUAUCUGCAAACACCCAGCUAUUAAGUCGAGAGGGACGGCUUAUGGCUUUGGUUGACAUUAAGCGUUACUGGUGCAACUUUUGUUCAUUUUCUACAUCUAACAAGAACCAGCUAAUAACCCACAUCAUGGAUCAUCGCUUUCAUUGCAAGUAUUGUCGGUAUCAGUCUUUCUCAAGGGCUGAUGUCAUACAGCAUUCCUUCCAUACCCACCCAGAGUUUCAGGAAAUGGCAUCAUUGAUGCAGUACUGCACUCUACUCUCAGAUUACUUGCGUGUCCAAAAUCCCAACACAGCACGGCUCGACAAUCGACCAAAGAGAAAAGAUGGCACAGAGAAAGGAAAUAAUGGUGGAAGCCAUGAGGAAGAAAAUCCAGCCAAGCUGAGGAAGCUGGAUGAUUCUCAGAUCAAGGGACAGUCUACCGACACAGACAUGAAACUUGCGGGCAGUUUAACCUCAGACUAUGAUAUUUUUGACAUGGAGGUAGAUAACACAAGUGAGAGUACGGAGGAAACUGAGAAAGAAACUCCUCUACUCCCAGCGUUUGCCACAGUGCAGAGUAGUAUAGCAUCUAAUCCAGUCUCUUUCACACCAGCUGUUAUUGUACAGACCACGCGUGUUGCCUCACCUGCUGUGAUAAGUGGGCCAGUCAUCACCCAGGUCUUCUCAGCAGGUUCCCCUCAGCCUGAUGAAACGGGUUCCUGUAUACUGGGCUCAACCAGUCGAAGCAUUUUGUCCAGCACUAUGUCAUCACCAAGCCCUUCACCAUCUUCUGCUAGCACCAGCAGCAUGCAGCCAAUGCGAUCCAACCUGUACUGGAACUGUGGCUACUGCCCGUUCACCAGCAAAAGUCAGAGUGAGGUGAAGGAUCAUUCAGGCCGAGAGCACAUUGGCAAGGCUCAUAGGUAUGUGGCAUUAAUCAAAGCAGAGGAUAGCUCUUCCCCUGCACCAUCAUCCUCAAGUGGAAGAGAAGGGGGGAGAAGUGGAAGCAGUUCCAGGAAGAAAAUGAGUGUGGGAGACAAACACGAGGAAGGCAGAUUGGAAGAGGCUGGUGAGCAGGAAGGAGAAACUGAAUUGGAGGAAGAGAAACAGCUCAGCAUUUCUCGCAAAGAGUCCUCUGACAAAGACGAGAAGCUUUCCUGCAGUGGUUUGGAUGCAGAAGGUAGUGUACAGAGUACCUCCCAAGGGAACGCUAAUCCAGAGAUAUCUGCUGAAACAGGAGGUUUCGAUCAGGUUGUCAUCAAACAAGAGCCAGUAGAUGCUGAGGAACAGAUUAUUCCAAUGAAAGUAUGCUUUCCAAAACCAAGAAUUCAAGCAAAGGAAAAUACCGCCAUCAAGUGUUGUCACUGUAACUACAGUGCUCGCAUGCUAAGUCACCUGAGGAAUCACAUUGUGUACUGCCACAAGGGAAAACAGCUGAUGGGGACAGGAGCCAUGAACAGCAAGGUGUUCAUGUGUGCGCGCUCAGAUUGUACCUUCCGCUCAUCAUCCGGCACAACAUUCCUGAAUCAUGCAAUCUUGUGCACACCUUGGACCAAAUCAACAAUAUCCGACCUGAAAAUUGAUGGCCAUCUUUUGGCUUCGUUAGAAAAGACCAAAGCACUGGCCAAAGAAUCAGCCAGUGGCAAGGCUGUUAGAGAUGAAGCUACAAAGGAUUGAUCUCAAGAGCCAUAAAAGCAUUUUGUGCACCAGCAUUAAAUGCUCAGCUAACUUCAAGCAAGAAUAAAAACAUCAAAUAAUUUGGAGGCAGCUGGUUUUUGUGUCCAGUCUUUUUCUGAUAUAUUACAGGGCAACCAAAAAGCUGUAAAAAGCAUUUACCAUUAUUUCGUCUGGCAGAAUUAUUUCAACAGCUGUGAAAUUUUGAUUUUAAAAAGUCCCAUGAAUAGGAUGUGCUGGUAUAAACAUUUAAACAUUUUCUAUAGCAGACAUACAACCAGAGUUUGCAGCAUGAAGCUGAUAUGUAAAGUGCAGUAGACAUAUUAAUUUUUUUUGGCAUAUUUAAAAAACCAAGUUAAAAAUGAGCUGCAUAAAAUGUACAUUGUAGAAAUUUGACAAGAACACUUGCCAACCCAACCUUUUCAUUCUGCCUGCUGUCAAGGAUUGAUGAAAGGGUCUGUUAUACAUGGUGAAAUAAAACAAAAGUGCACCUGUAUAAUCAUUUUUAAUUGUUAAUCACCAUUUUGUAAGUUUGCUUUAUGCAAGCAUUCUUAUUCCCACUUGAUAGUAAGUAAUAGUUGAUUCCAUAACAGUUGUGUUCAUUUAAGUCUGUGUGAAUGAGAGAUAUUGCAGAAGAUACUUGUGUAAUGCAUUUUAAUGAGUGGCAUUAGGCUACAGCUCUAACAUUUCCAUUAUUCCUCUUGAUUGUAAAUACAAUCUUUUUUUUUUCAAAAUUAUGUUUUGAAGGUUUUUUCUGCUUCAUUUAUGUUUCAAGACAUUUUUUCAGUUUCUUAUAUGUUUAUUAUAUAAAUCUUGAAGAGAUUUUUCUUCUAAACAUUUUAUAUUUUUUAGAUGUGAGUUUUUCAAAAGCCUACUGCCUUUCUAAGAUCGGUCAUUGUUACUGAUCAACUUUCAGCCAUUUUGUCAACCACUUCAUUAACUCACCAUAUUUAAUGGGAUAAGGAAAGGUUGUGUUUGAUUUGUGAAAAGUCACCUAAGUCUGACUGAUUUUCACUCUCAAUAUUGGAAACAAAAUACCAUUUCUUAGAGGUUGAGCUUUCACCUUCUGGCAGGAAAAACUUGUUUGACUCAGGGGAGGGAGGUGAGAAUACUUGUCAGGUAAGAUGGAAUCAAUUAGUGAAGCAUGACUACGUUUCUCACCUCUCUAGUUCAAACCAUCUUUUCCCACCCAAAGGUAUAAUUUAGGUCUUAAUCAUCACCAUUAAGUCUCUAAGGAGCUGGUAGAGGAUGGAUGGGAUGUGUAAUGAGCAAGUGGUUCAUUUUUCAAGAGAUUUUUCCCUCACUGCUGCUCUUUAAACCUUCAGACACUAUUAUUAUGCUUCAAAUACUAUUAUGCAUUCUUGCCUACUUGGCUGCUGAAAGCGCUUCUCACAAGGAAGCAUCCAUGAUAUUUAAUGAUGCCAAGAUGCAGUCUUUUUUUUUUUUUUUAAUUUCAAGCUAUUGAAUAAAAGACAUUGCUUCUAGCAAAUGCCGUGCACAUAGAUUCAUAUCCAGUCAUUGUGAUAAAGCAACAUUUUUCAUUUCCAAUGUUUUUAUAGCAUAAAACAUCAGUGUUGCUGAUCUUUUUAGAUAAUAGCAUGUCAUGAUUUCUGUCUUCACUAUCAUUCACAGUAAAAGCUCAAUCCUGCUAUAGCACAUUUCUGUGAUUUUUAUGACGACAAUUUCAUUACUAGAAAUUUUAUGCAUAGUCUAUUAAUGGUUCAGUUAAAUAUUUAGCAAGUCUUAGGCAGCUGCUACAUGCUUAUCACUAUACUUGAUGUGGAAGAACUGCCAUUCUUUUUCAAUUGUAAACUAAUAUUUGUAAACAUUUUGUUCAGUUUUCUUGUAGUAGCUCAAGAAACAUUUUACUUAUUUGUUUUGUGGUGUUGUAUGUAGAAGCUUAUUUGGUUCUGAUCAGAAACAAAACUAGUUGGGAGAGAGGCAAAACUAUUGAGCUGGUGGUUCUUCGCAGCACCAUUAAGUGUCUUCUUAUUUUUACAGUUAUCAUUGAUAGUCUGUGUUAUAUGUUAUCUAGCUUUGUAACUUUCUUUUUUUAAAGAUAUUUUUAAUUUGAACCUUCUCUUUGCCUUGUCUUUGGUUUUUUUUCUAGUUUUGUUUAAGUUUUAAAAAAAUCUAUUUUCCAGAUGUAUAUAAACAAUUUUUAUUGUAUAUUCUGAAGGUAUAGCACUUGUGCUUGUUCAGGUUUUUCUUCAUUUUGCAACCUUUAAAUAUUUCAGUUUCAUUGAGUCUCACAGAGGCCAUCACAUUUAUCCAGUUCUUCCUACAAUCCACCGUCAUCGAUUUUGUAUUCACUUUUUAUUUUGUAGCUGCUGAGCUCUGUAACCCUUCAGAAUUCGAUUUAGAUGUGGAGAGUGUGAAGAUGGCAUUGAUCAAAGUGAGUGUGGUCACAAGCAUAUUUUAUGUAUUUUUAUUUUUAUCAUCGUUUUAAUCAUGCUUCUUGGCAUUCCGAUGGCCUAAACUCUGGGAGUGGUUCCGAUAGACUGUCUGCUUAAGAGGUGGCAUGGCAUGUUUCCUAAAAUUUUUAUGUGCUUUUUGCUUUCUAUACACUCCAUGUUGAAGUUGUUUAAUAUGUGGAGUACUGUUGCACCAGUUUCAGGGAAAAACAAGAUGCAUAAGGAAAAACAUAACACAAGCAUUGAAAAAUAAAUCACAUGAUGACAUUCA